AUGGACAAAAUCUUGGCCACCUUCAAGAAAUGGGAUGCGAAUGGCAACGGGUCAAUCUCCAAGAGUGAGCUUUCUAACAUCCUGGAUCACAUUGGUGUUGCAGGGAAAGACAGACAAAGCAUUUUCAACUCCAUAGACACCUCUGGCAACGGGAGAAUCGAGUAUGAGGAGUUUGUGCAAUGGUUGUAUGGCACGAUGUGUCCUUUGCCAGUCCGCACCAACGCCCUGGCCGAUCGGUAUCAGGUUUCUGUUGACAGCAUCAGGCUUGACCUCGAGGAUGACCCAUCGUUUUCUGGAUGGUUCCAUGAUGCCUCCACAAUUCGGCCCUUCCUCUUGUUUUCUGACAGCCUCACGAAGAAGCGAUACUUCCAGUCGAGCGAAGGCCUCGGGUUGAAGAGUCAUCUGAGCUUCGACAACAAGAAAAAGCACGAGGUUUGGCAAUUCGAAGUUUGCGAAGGGCAAGGAGUUGAUAUCGAGAUAUGUCUGCCCAAGGCCAUGCAAUCUCUUCGAGGGCAUCAUGUCAUCGGAAAGUCACUCCUGACUCUGGACUCCAUCGGAGCACAAAUUGCGCGUGGGUUAGGCAGCGCAACCGUUUUCCUUGAAGUCUUUGCUGCCAGCAAGGGACUAGCUGACGCGACCGAAGAGAAAGGCGAAGAAGAGAACCCGAACCCCACGGUUUCUGCGAGCGGAGCAGCUCCUGGAAGCGUCUCUCCUAGGUCGCGGAGGCUCGUCGCCCGGUUAAGCUUGAAUCUGACAGCCACUGGACCUUUAUGGGCAAAGCGAAACGUAUCUCUUUGGAGACAGUCUGGCUUGCCUGAUCUGGAUCUUGAUGGUAUCAGCAAAGUUCUCCAAGCUCUGGCAGCAGAGCCAGAUCGCACACUGCUGAAGGAAGCGUUGCAGAUGGCUGAGGCGUUCUUGGCGAAUAGACUGCAACCCUUCCGCUCUUGGACGGGUAGUACGGCAGAUAAAGAGCUCAAGGAAGUGUUGAGUUGGCUCAAGAAGAACCGAGAGACACUUGACUCCUCUUCAGAACUGCGGAAACAUUCAUCCAAGGAAUUUGAACAGCUGGGAGAAAGACUGGCGGCUGGUGUGUUGUCGGCUUCGCUGGAAGGAGAGGUGGCGGAUCAUGAGUUGAUGCGUUCUGCCUUGACCUUUGCCUGUGCGGUGGAUCCCCACCUUCCAGAGGUACGUCACGUGGAGGAGACAUUCAAGAGCAUGAUGCAUUUCCCUCGCAACAUCAAGCUGCAUGAUCUUCUCCACGCAUCCGAGGCAGACCUGACGCAAGCUGAUCCCAAGCAGCUUGGUUUGGACCUUGCCACGGACGGCACGCUGCCAUCUAUCCAGGACGAUGUGAGGUUCGGCGUCCGCGACGACACUGCGGAACGAGUCCUAUCGCUGUUGGGGAACAAGACCCAGCUUAAUUAUCGCAAAGGGGUCACCUACGCAAGAGUUGCAAUGGAGACCAUCGGACGCAGCGACUUCACGCUCCCGAUGCUGCUGCAGAGCCUGAUGGCGGAAGUCAGGUUCUUCAGGGGGGAGAAGGCAUUCUGCUCCCGUUCCGUACCGGAGCUGCUAGCGGCCCAGUCCCGUGACAGAGAAGCCUUGCUGGGGCGCUUUGACGUCGUAGCAGCCCCUGUGCGUGCGGACUACAGUGACAAGUUCGCGCCCUUGACUAAAGCCACACCCGCCGUGAAGUUCUUUGGGGAUGACCUGAAAGAGCCGAUCGGAGGUCCGGGAUGGUUCUGGAUUCUUCACGCCGCAGCAAUCAACAUUGGAGAGAGUGAGGCAGCAGAUGAUUUCCCAGAGUACUCCGUGCCACCAGAUCCCUCCUACAGAGGGCGUCGUGGGCAUAAUCGCUGGCUAGAUGAGGAUCGCUAUGUCUCUGACAUGGGGCUUUUGUGGCAUCGCGUGCUGCACGCUGCUGGCCACAUGGGAAUUGAGGAUAUGAUUCUUUUCCCGUUCGGGAUGGGAGCGUUUCUGCGAAACUUGCACAAACUGGACAACAGGUAUUCCGAUGCCGCUGCCAUGCGAGGUCUGCGCUACAGAAUAGCAAGUGCAUUGUUCGAUGCAGCCGUGCUCCUGUGUCUGGAAGAAUCAGAAACCGGACCGAAGGUCCAAAUGCGUCUGCAUCUCUGUCUGGUGGAUUGUUCCCUCGAGAGCCGCUCCAACCACAACGUCUUUAUUGAGGCAGCAGCGGCCAAGGUGGCUCAAAGCCCUGCGCUCGCAGCAGCUCUGCACUUCCACCGCAACUGCGAUGCGCUGGAGUUGGCACGGCAGUUGGCAGAGAAGAUGCCUUUGUCCGGCCGGGCAGAGUUAGAUGUGACGGUUCGUAAAGUUGGUCUCCUGAAUGGUGCCAACAACAAGCAGCUGGGAAAUCAUUGGUUCGGUCACGGGGCAAGGAGUGCCAUCGAUGAGAACCUGCACCGUCGAUCCGGAGCUAUGUGUGCAUCAUCUUUGCUCGUGAACUUGUCCACUGAGCCACGGUUUAGAAGCGCGGAGGAGCUUGCCACCCAUGUUCAUGCCACUGGCGGGAAAUGUAUCGACUUGUUACCGUUCCCCGUCAAGACAGGAAAGGCGCGUUCAGGAAGUCGCAUCGUUGCCAAAGUGAGGGUGGUGCCUUACGGCAUUCUGGGUUCCCAGUUGUCUCAUGGCCAAGUGAGAGUGACAGCAGCCGAGCCGGGCCCGGGAGAGGUGGUCGUUGAUCCUGCUGGCCUGCCUUACAUAAGAAGCGGACCCUCCGGUGCUGGAGGCGCAUCAGGUCAGCUGUACAAAUGGAUCGGUAUAUCCAGCCACUUCCCGCAGAGCGUACAAGAUGCGAUCCAAGAUUCAUUGCAAGCAAAGUUCUGUUCCUAUGACAAUGGCCAGAAAAAUGUCAUCCAUGUGGUUGGGCCCGAUUUUCGAUCGAGGAGAAGCAACGUUUGGGCAGAUGCAGUCGAUGAGUUAGCGAAGGCCCUUGCCCCGCUUCUGGUGAUGGAGCUGGUUCUGCUAGGGCACGAUCUUGCCGCGAGCUUGCACGCUUACGUGCUGCCCAUCUCAGCCAUCGUGCUUUGUCUGUACCCUCCAAUCCUUUUCCUUCGCAUGCUUACCGCCGGCUUGGUUCGCACUGCUGAACCCAACACUGCUUCUCAGAUGCUUGAUCGAGAAUCUGCAUAUGUGGCUAGUCGUGGUGGCGCAUGGACGGUGUGCGCUGCAGUAAUGGCACUUGUUCCCUUGCUAUUGGUUUUUCCAGGCAGCCUGGGAUUCUCCGCAGGAUCCGUGCCACCUCAUCGAGAUGCUGCUCAAGUUUUUCUGCUGACAGGUGUGGCGUCUAAUGCUGACUCCAACCAGGGCUAUCCGAGGAGCUUCUCCUCCUCCGUCUUCGGGUCCCUGGGUUGUUUGAUGGGGGUGAGCGUGGUGUCGGUGGCGGCGAGAUCCUUGCUGCAAACAGUGGCAAGGGCUCGGGCUGAGCGGAUCGAGCGAAAGCUCGGCAAGUCGAAGUUGAUCAGGAACCCCAGUGGUGUUCUCCGGCGCUGUUCCACGAGACACUGCGAGGGCGGCCACAGUGAUGGGCAGCCCUCCGAACAAGAGAAUGUCCCGAUCUGGGACGCCCCUCACACGACAACUUCAUACUGGCAUGAAACGGAGUUGUUUGUGCAAGACUGGCUGGAUGAGGACACAGGACUCUUCCGGUAUGUCAACGAGAUGCCGCAGGGAUCCUUGCAGAAGUUCGAGCUCCAGACCACCCUCGAGAACAACAUCCUUUGUGAGGACACAGAGGGAUCUAGGAGGUUGAGAGCCUUCGGCAGACCGGUUCCCUUUAACUACGGAUGCUUUCCACAAACAUACCGUGAUCCAACCGAGCACGACGAACUUCAUGAUGCUCCUGGUGAUGAUGACCCCUUGGAUGUGGUUGACAUCAGCCAGACACCUUCCGGAGUUGGAGAUGUGGUUAUUUGCAGGCCGCUUGGAGCAGUGUGCCUCAUUGAUGAAGGCCAAGCUGACUGGAAGAUCCUCGUUGUCAACACUCAGAGUGACAGUCCAGUAGCAGCUGCUCGAAGCACUGCAGAGGUGGAGUCUAUUUUGCCAGGGCGCAUUCAAGAGAUUCUCAAAUGGAUGGAUGAUUUCAAAAAGCACAGCUCGAACGGGCGCACGAAGCUUCACUCCGAGGUACAUGGUGCCGAUGUUGCCAGAGCUCUCAUCAGAAAGGAUCACUUAGCUUGGAGACACUUGGUCUCGAGCGCUGAUGAAAAAACUGGGUAUGCCCGUGGGCAUUGGAUCAACAAGCCGAGGAAGGCAAUGCCAGAAGUUUUGCAGGUUUCGUGGCAGACUUCCCAUGCAGCCUCCCAGCUGACGGGGGCCACUAAGCCACAUGUCUCGACUUACACGGAAGCAACACAAGCUUUGAGGCGGCAAUCAACCGCUAGCAGCAGCGACGGAGAUACAUCUUCGGACAGGAGCCCGUAA